AUGUACUUCUGCGCCGCCUGCAACGUAUACGUCAAGGACUCGUGCGUCGCUGAGCAUGACCAGACAACAGCCCAUCUACUAUCCAGCUCCAAGGGCGUAUCGGUGCGAAAAGUUUGGCUGCCCGAGACGAACCGUGGCUAUCAGAUGCUCAAGUCCAUGGGCUGGCAGGAAAACGGUGGACUGGGGCCUACAGGGGACGGCAAAGUGACGCCCAUUGCGACGAUCUUCAAGACGGACAGAGCGGGUGUCGGAGUCCAGUCCACUGCCAAACAGGCGCGAGUCACCCACUUCCCAGCGCAUGACGAGCAGCAGGCCACAAUGGCGGCAGAUGGGCGUAGUGAAGCACAACGCACACAGGACAGACUCGCCCUUAAGCGGAAGCAGGCUCAACAGCAUCCAGUUGGACUCCCAAAGGCGCAAAGGAAGUUACAGAAGCCGAACGAGCAACGACGAGACCGAGCUAUUGGCAACGAGCUGUACUCGGAAGGAUUGGAAGGAUACGAGGAGUUUCUGUGA